UUAUAAGCACGGUUGUAGAACGUUCCGAUCAUGACAUAGGGUAGAUUGUGGUUCCGAUACGUAUCGUUUCGUUCAUUACACUAUCAAAGCGAUUAUAAUGUUGUUUAUAAUCAUAUAUAUGUAUACAACAACCUGUUGUAUACAUAUAUGUUUACUGUUUACAGGUUAUUCCAAACUCAAGUUUUGUCAUUACUCAUUUUGUCCGAAUCUAUCCCUUGUGUCCGGAGUUUUAAGUCUAAAUUUUACAGUACUUUGCAUAAUUAGACUUAAAAAGUUAAAACUACAUUAUUCAGUUAUGUCUUUAUUAUCUGAUGAUAAGAUUUAUGCAAUUGAAAUGAAUUGGAGAGUAAACGCAAUAAGAAUGCCAAAAAUACUCAAAGGCCAUGAAGAUUAUAUAAUUACAUGCUUAGAAUUUUGUGGAGAUCUAGUUGUUAGUGGUUCUGAUGACAAUACACUUAAAGUUUGGUCAGUUCUAACUGGAAAGUGUUUGUAUACAUUGAUUGGGCAUACUGGUGGUGUGUGGUCAUCACAAAUGGCUGGUAAUAUAAUAAUUAGCGGUUCCACUGAUCGUACAUUGAAAGUCUGGAACGCAGAAACUGGUCAAUGUACACAUACAUUGUCUGGUCACACUUCAACAGUUCGUUGUUUGCAUUUACAUGAAAAUAAAGUUGUAAGUGGUUCAAGAGAUGCAUCACUCAGGUUAUGGAAUGUUAAUACUGGUGAGUGCUUGUCUAUAUUUCUUGGUCAUGAUGGUCCUGUCCGUUGUGUACAAUAUGAUGGGCGAUUAAUAGUUAGUGGUGCUUACGACCACCUGGUAAAAGUAUGGGAUGCAGAGAGUGAAAUUUGUUUACAUACAUUAUCUGGUCACACUAAUAGUGUAUAUUGUUUACAAUUUGAUAGUUAUCAUAUUGUAAGUGGAUCUUUAGAUAGUAAUAUAAAAGUAUGGGAUGUAGAGACUGGCACAUGUAAGCACACUUUAAUGGGACAUCAAUAUUUAACCUCUAGCAUGGAGCUAAGAGAUAAUAUCUUAGUGUCUGGAAAUGGAGAUUCUACAGUAAAAAUAUGGGAUAUACUUACUGGGAAAUGCUUACACACUUUGGCAGGGUCUGAUAAACAUAGUUCUGCAGUUACGUGUUUACAAUUCAACACUAAAUUUGUGUUAACUUCUUCUGAUGAUGGGACUGUGAAGUUAUGGGAUGUAAAAACUGGUGAAUUUAUUAGAGAUCUAAUUGCACUAAAAAGUGGUAGUAAUGCUGGUGAUGGUGGAGUGGUAUGGGGAUUACGUGCAAAUGAAACAAAGUUAGUAUGUGCAGUAGGCAGCCGCAGUGGCACCGAAGAAACCAAAAUAUUUGUAUUGGAUUUUGACUUUGACGCUGCUGACUAUGAGUAACAUAAAAUAACAAAUUUUGUAGUGUGCAUCACAUUUCAACUUGAUGUCUGGUUAAACAAAUUGUUGUUACUGAUAUUAGUUAACUGUCUUAAGAUUAAUGCAUUGCCAACAAAAUAGUUUUAGUUUAACUCUUUUAUUUUAAAUUUAUUAUUUUUGAAACAAUGACAAUCCACAUAAGAUUUUUUGUAAUGAAAAGUAAAUAUUUUAUGUUAUAACUUACAGCUGAUAUUUAAGAGGAUGUGACACCCAACAUAGCAAAAACUGUUUUGCACAGGACAACUUUUAUCUUUCUUUGUUUAUAGUAGUGGCUCCAAAACUUCUGAACAUAUAGGGUGGAAAAUUUUCUAUGCAACAGCGUGCCCAUAUUUUAGAUAACAUAAUACAUUAAAAAUUAUUUGCUGCU